GCUUUGACUUCAAACUGUCGCGCGAAGCGCCCACUGUUUCUAUAGCAAACAACAACCGCCAGCUAACAAACGCUGGGUCUACAGAUGGACGUAAGAUGGUGAUAAAAGUAGAUAAAAUUAUAUAAACUAAAAAGAUGACACAGUCGAUAGUAGUCCAAGUUGGUCAGUGUGGGAAUCAGGUGGGCUGCCGCUUCUGGGACCUCGCACUCAGAGAACAUGCACAUGUCAAUCAAAUGGGAAUUUAUGACGAGGCACUGAGCAGCUUCUUUAGAAAUGUUGACCAAAGAGGAGCAGACUCUACAGGAGACAGGAUCAACGCUCUAAAGGCCAGGGCCGUGUUAGUGGACAUGGAGGAGGGAGUCCUAGGAGAGAUUCUGCAGGGGCCGUUGCGUUCUCUCUUCAGCAGCACACAACUCAUAAGUGAUGUCUCUGGUUCUGGGAACAACUGGGCAGUCGGGCAUCACACAUAUGGCUUGGCCUACAGAGAGCAGAUUGUGGAUCAGGUCCGCAAGGCUGCAGAGCACUGUGAUUGCCUUCAGUGCUUCUUCCUCAUUCACUCUAUGGGAGGAGGUACUGGUUCGGGGUUAGGCACUUUUGUGUUGAAGCUUCUAGAAGACGAGUUCCCAGAGGUAUAUCGGAUAGUGACCUCUGUCUACCCGACAGCAGAAGAUGAUGUCAUCACCUCUCCUUACAACAGCGUCCUAGCCAUGAAAGAACUCACAGAACACGCAGACUGUGUCUUGCCAGUUGAUAACCAGUCACUGGUUGAUAUUGUUGGUAAGAUUCAACACAUGUCCAACACUGGCAAACCAGGCUGUACCAUCAAGAAGGACUGUACCAUCAUCUCGGGACAAGGAGGGGUGGUGAAGGUCGAGAAACCUUUUGAUGCCAUGAACAACAUUGUGGCUAAUCUACUUCUUAAUAUUACCAGUUCAGCACGGUUUGAGGGCUCUCUCAACAUGGAUCUGAAUGAGAUAGCCAUGAACCUUGUUCCAUUCCCACGGUUACACUAUCUUUUGCCCAGUCUAACUCCUUUAUACACACUUGCUGAUGUCAACGUUCCACCACGCAGGCUGGAUCAGAUGUUCUCAGAUGCGUUUAGUAAGGAGCAUCAGCUAAUCAAAGCCGACCCCAAACACAAUCUGUAUCUGGCCUGUGCUCUUAUGCUGCGUGGAAAUGUUCAGUUGUCAGAUCUGCGCCGGAAUAUUGAGCGGCUAAAGCCCACCCUUCCGUUUGUCCCAUGGAAUCAGGAAGGAUGGAAGACUAGUCUGUGUUCAGUCCCUCCUGUGUGUCACUCACAUUCUCUGUUGGCUUUAGCUAAUAACACUUGUGUGAAAUCUACCUUCAUUGAAUUAAGAGAGCGUUUUGUGAAGCUCUACCGUAGGAAGGCUCACUUGCAUCACUAUCUAGCAGUUGACGGCAUGGAGUUGGCUGGAUUCAGUGAGGCCUUGUCAUCGGUCUCAGCUCUAAUUGAAGAAUACACACACCUGGAAAGCCCUCUCAUGCCCAACACACCCAGACUCACCAUCGCCACCUGACUCUUGUGUAUAAUAGACAACGUGCUCAAAAUUUCUACUUGUACAUAAACUAAAUAUUUAAUAUUUUUGGACUAAUGUUUUAGGUAAAACGUCUCUAUUUUAGAGGCAUAGAAACAUUGGUUCAAAUAUUGUGAAUUUAGUGUGGAUUUGGUAGUACUACCUACAGCAUAACAUACAAUAUUAAAUCAAACAGAGUUGAGCUCAAUCCCUAAGCAAACCUGCCUAAAAAAAAAAAAAAAAUUUCAAAUAAGCCCAAAGACUUUUUUUUAUAAAUUUGUUUUUGUUUUACAGGUUGUGUUUGAUUAGGGCUGGACCUUAACUUUGCAAGACAGCGGUCCUGAAUUGCCUGUCUGUGUACUGUACUGGAGGCACAGAAAUUACACACUUCACCUGUAAAAUGUUGCUACUUUUUCUUUCAUAUAAAAAAAAGUUAAUAAAAUAGUCACAAUAUCAAA